UCUCUUUAUCUUUCUCUUUCUCUAUCACUCUCUAUCCCUUUAUCUUUCUCUAUCACACUCUAUCGCUCUCUAUUGGUCUUUAUCGCUUAUUGUGUGGGAAGUAUUGCCUCACUUCCGCCUCUGUCAAACUGAAACUGAAAUUAUUACCCACGUUUGUAUAACAGAAAGGGAUGGAUGGAGAGAGAGAACAGUGAGAAAGAACGUGGAAGAGGAAGAGAUCUCUUAUUUAUCAUUUCUAUUAAUCUCUGUCAUUCUUGGAUUGUCUCUGUUGUUCUGUUUUCUAGAACUGGGACCACUCCAAACAGAAGAAAGAUGCAGCAGUUGGGAGGGGAGGAGUGUCUGGUCCCUCAGCCUCGUGGGAGUCUACCCAAAGCCUGUGCGAUAGGAUUGGCUACCGUGGUGACGGUGGCUAUCUUGGUUUUGGAGCCUGAGUGCUUCUUCAGACACGUUGCUGCAGCGAUACUCAUCCUGACUGUGGGGCCCUCACUGCACGGAGUGUUUCUUCUCUCAGAGGAAUGUCUGCAUCAUGCAAAUACCAGAUACCGUGGUGGGAGGCUGGGUCAGAUGGUGACAGCCUGUGUGGGUGUGUGUACCCUCCUGGGUGUGGGGUUGGCUGUGCUGCUGUUUGUCUUGACCAAGCCCCAGCCCUGGAGGGACCAGUGGAGCAUGGUUAUCCUGGCCUGUGUCCUCUACCCUCUACUCAAAACCCUGGGAGUACUGGGUCCGUCUGAGGUGGAGGUGUCAGAGAUCUGUGAGAAGAGGAAGAUGAACGUGGCUCAUGGCCUGGCUUGGUCUUUCCACCUGGGCUACCUCAACCUGGUUCUGCCUCGGUUGGAGGGUUCUAUCGCAGAGUUCCGUGCUUCAAAUAUGGUAGGUCCGUUUGAGACCAAGGGUUCCAGAAAGCUCCUCAUCCUCCUCCCUCUCAACGCAAACAUCACUCACAAGCUGGAGGAUGCGGACACUAACAUCAAUUUCCAUGACAACCUCCCUAACACAGAGAUCGACAGGGCAGGUGUCAGGGGGCGUGUCUACAAGCACAGUGUCUACAGCGUAUUGGACAAGGACAGACAGGUCCAUCACUGUGUGGUGGAGUAUGCCACCCCUCUGCUGACACUGUAUAAGAUGUCUCAGGAGAGCAGUGCAGGGUUUGGGGAGAAGGACAGGAGAGAGCAGGUGCUGCUGUUCUACAGGACUCUACAGGACAUACUGGACCGUUCACUGGAGUGCAGGAACCGCUACCGACUCAUCCUGCUCAACGAUGAACAUGAGGAUGACCCUCACUUCCUGUCCAAGGCCAUUCUGAAGAACCUGGAUCAGCAGGAGAAAGAAGAGUUCUAUGUUCCCCCUGUCAUCCCUCAGCCUGAGGUGGGCCGCCCAUCCCAUGCCCUGCCCCUCAUAGAUUACUGGCACAGAGCUGAGCCAAUGAGCAGGGAGCCUACGCUCAUGAUCAGUCAUGACAUGCCACGUACGCUCAGGGAACCGGUUGAGAAUUCGGAAGACCUUUCUCCGUGAGACAGGUCUAGAGAGAUAAACACACACACACACACACAGAAUUAUACAACAUAAUUGGCCCUCAUAAAUUGCACGUAUGUACAACAGCAGCAGCACUAAACCAGGCUGCAAGGAAGGAGCCCUCAAAGACAUCUCAAAGUAGAGCAAGAAGGCCUUGCUCUCCCCUUCACCCUGCCACUCAUUGGUUUACAUACCAGGGUCAGAUUGCAUACAAACAGAGGAAUAACAGAACAUUGUUAAUGGUGUAAUACAAUCCUGUGUUGGCUGUAACAUUUGGCCACUUACUGUAAGUGUUGUGUUUCUGUAUGCAUACAAACAAACAGAGUUCAGAGUCAAUUGACCAUAACAACCCUGCUAAUUCCUCUCAUUGCGUGCAUGUUGUGCUACACUCUCCUCAGCUCUGUAAUUCAUCUGUCCGUACUGUAUGUACAACGCUAUGAUGGAUUUACAUUGUUUGCACAGCUUGAACCAUGGGGUGAAGUAAACACACAGAGAGAGAGAGAGAGAGAGAGAGAGAGAGAGAGAGAGAGAGAGAGAGAGAGAGAGAGAGAGAGAG